UUACCGAUGGCUUCCGUCAUCCGUGAGGUAAGGGUGCAGAAUUGCAGGGGUCCACUCAUCAAUAUUAUAUCAGUGUCCACGAAGCAUGAAAGAAGGUUUCCUGCCGAACAGCAAUCCAGAUUGCAAACAAACAACUCUAUAGCUGAACAAGAUGCCACUUACAGAAGAGCAAGCACAGGUUAUCAUCUCGACCGUACCAGUCCUGCAGCAAUAUGGCAAUCAGAUAACAACCGUCUUCUAUGCCAACAUGCUCCGCGAGGUCCCAGACCUCAACAACGUCUUUAAUACCUCCAACCAACGAAAUGGUCACCAACAACAAGCACUGGCCGGGACACUUUAUGCGUAUGCUGCCAACAUCAACAACCUUGAAGUGCUCGGUCCCGCCGUUGAACGCAUAUGUCACAAGCAUGCAAGUCUGUAUAUCAGACCAGAACACUAUGAUAUUGUCGGAAAGUACCUCUUGGAAGCAAUGGGCGAGGUCCUCGGCAAUGCCUUGACACCACAAAUCCUCGACGCAUGGGCUGCCGCAUACAAGCAGAUCGCAGACAUCAUGAUCAACCGCGAAGACGAGCUGAUGAAGCACACCAACGGCUGGACAGAGUGGAAGGAUUUCCGACUCGACCGGAAGGUCCCUGAAUCCGACGAAGUGACCUCAUUCUACCUGAAGCCCCUUGACGGCAAGCCUCUGCCAGAGUUUCUACCCGGUCAAUACAUCUCGAUACAGAUUGACGUGCCAGCCCUGAAGUACAAGCAAGCACGACAGUACUCUCUCAGCGACAAGUAUUCGCCGGAGUACUACCGGAUCAGUGUGAAGCGAGAAAAAGGUCUAGAUAUCAGCGAUCCUUCUGCUGUCACUCAUCCGGGUUACGUGUCCAACAUCCUCCAUGACGAGAAAAAGCAAGGAGACAUUGUCGAGCUGUCUCAUCCGGCAGGUGACUUCUUCCUGGAUGUGCGCAACGAAGGUGACAAGGAUUCACCAAUUGUGCUACUUUCGGCCGGCGUGGGCUUGACACCCUUGAUGUCCAUUCUCAACACGCUGGUCGAGAAAAAUGGCAGCCAGAAGAUCUCGUGGGUGCAUGGCAGCAGGAAUAGCAGCUCGGAUCCCUUUGCGCAGUAUGUGAAAAGCAUCAUGGACGCUCACCCGGAAGUCAGCGAGAGGAUUUUUCACAGUAUGCCGCAUGACAGCGAGAAAGAAGGCGUCGACUACGAUAUCAAGGGUCGCCUGAACCUGUCGAGACUUCGGCCCGAGGAGGACUUGAGGCUCAAUGAGAAGAAUGCUUCAUACUAUAUCUGCGGACCGGAAAAUUUUAUGACAGAUCUGGAGCAGGCCCUACGAGAUCGAGGUGUCGACGCAAGCAGGAUCAACAUGGAGUUGUUCGGAACCGGCGGCGUGCCGAGAUGAGACUCAGACGUCUAGCAGUUGAUUGAAGAAUGUUCUAACCAGAGGAUAUUUAUGGUAAUGGUAUGUUCAUCACUCGAUGCUUCAUACAUAUAUUAAAGAGAGAGCCGAAUUAAGGGAAGCCCGGAUCAGGUGCCUACCAAGACUGGGCU